CGCCCAACUUGUGUGCAAGCCCCUCUCCCGUCCGACCUGAACUCGGCCAUACCGAGGGGGGUCACCUCGGGACUUGGUCCUCUGUCCCCUCGUUGCCCGAGACAUUUGAUGGGACUUGAGCUUUUGACCUGCCGCCCGCUGGGCCGUUCCCGUCCUGCCACGUGUACCCUUCUCCCUAGGCGAGAUGCCUAUAUAAGGGAGGGGUCUUUACCAUUUGCUUGCACUCAUCACUUGCUUCCUUUGAAUUCUUCUCAUCUCAUCAUGCCGCGCUCGACUCCUACUCCCCCUGAUUCCAGUGAGGUGCGAGGAGAGACGUUCUCCUUCGGCAGCUACUCCCUUGGUGGCUCUUCGGCCAUUCCGACCAAGUCAGGGCCGAGCUCGACCCCGCCGCCCUCGCCGCGGGACUCUUGGGACUCGGACUCUGAGUCCGAGUCAGUGCACCCCGAUCCUUUUGCUAAGAUCCCGGGGUUCAUCUACUACUCGUCGGAGGAGGACGAGAAGACCCCCUCUCCGCCAGUUCGUCCUGAGGUCCCCCCUCCACCAGUUGCCGCCUGCCGUGGUGGCCGUGGGCGUCGCCCUCCCGCUCCUCCGGCAGCGGACGCGAGUGAGGGUUCCGUGGCGUCUCACCAUCCGAGCCGACAAUCACUUGAAGACCCGGGCUCGCCCAGCUUCGCCGAAUCCACUGGUCAUUCUGUUGUCAUUAGGGCUCCUUCUCCGUCCUCUUACCCCCCACCUUGCCCUUGCGAGCGUGGGUGGAACUGUGGCAUGCACUGAAGUUUGCCCACACCUUAAUUAUUUGUAAUGCGCUUAAUUAUUGUAAGGCGUUCAUGCCAUGUACUUGCCCUCCGGGAUGAAUAAAAUUUGAGUUAAGAG